AUGACCACAUUUUUCGCACAGAGAAACAAGGUUGGAGAAACAAAGUACUGGUUCAAUAAACCAAUCGGUAGGAGUCUCCCUCCGGCUCCUGCGACAUACUAUGAGAUACUCAAGUUUGCCCUUCGCAAUAACCAGCAAGAAUGGGCGCUGGGGAUUUACCAAGACCUAAUCUCAAGCUUGGAGUCUCCAAGGCUACGUACCAAUAAGCCCUGUUGGGAUACAUCUUACCAGUGGGCGAUUUUAUUACUUGGGAAAGGAAUUGAUCAUAUCGAACAUAUGCUUGCGGUUGCUACCGAACGCACACGAGACAAGCCCAGUUCACGACCUAAUAUAGGGACGAUAAAUGGACUUAUAAGGACUGCCAUUGAAAAGAAUGAUCCGUAUCUAGCCGAACGUUUCAUUGCGUUGGCCGAUAAGCUGGGAUUCGAACUAAACUAUAAGACUUAUAUGCUUCAGCUCGAGUAUCGUAUCCACGCGAAUGACCUCGACGGCGCCUUCGCGGCCUACCAGUCACUUCGAGACCUUGAGGAGACAACUAGGGAUAAAGAAGUCUCAGUCCUGAACUUUUUCAUUCGUGCCAUGUGCUCUGUGCCGGAACCUAACCAUGAGCGCGUUCUAGAUGUCACUAGUUACCUCGAGCAACGACGUGUCACGCUGGAGCCUGAAACAGUGGUUUCCAUUUGUAUGGCAUUCCUAAAGAAUGACGAGACAUUUGAAGUAAUAGACACCCUAUCACUUCAUACUGUUCACUACAGCAUUGCCGAACGCUCUAUGGUUCGGAAGGCCUUCGUGCAAUAUUGUUUAGAUGAAAAGAAUAGUACAGCUCGUGUAUGGGAUGCGUACGCAUUAUUACGGCAAUUCUUCCCCGAACUUGAAGCAGAAGAUCGAGAAGCUAUCAUGAGUAUCUUCUUUGAUAAGCGUCGUGCGGACAUGGCAGCACACGUAUUUGGACAUAUGCAUUCCCAUGCAAACCGGCAACUCCAACCAACUCUAGAGACAUAUGUCCGCUUCAUGGAAGGCAUUGGCAAAUGCCCAGACGAAGAGAGUUUAAAAACAGUCCACAACAUGCUGAAAAUGGACACGACGAUCCAGGCCAGCACACGCCUAUAUAAUGCACUAAUGAUUGGGUAUACAGCAUGCGACUUACCCUAUCGAGCGCUUGAUUUCUGGACGGAGAUCGCUGCGUCUCCCGACGGGCCAUCCUAUGCCACACUCGAAAUUGUAUUCAGGACUUAUGAGAUCACACCCGAUGGCGAUAGCCUCGCAAAUGAGCUAUGGGAAAAGAUAAAAAGGAUGGAUAUCGAAGUGCCAGAUAAAGUCUACCUAGCAUACGCAGCCACGACAGCCGCGCAUGGUCACCUUACAAUUGCCAAGAUGCUGUUAGAGGAUAUGGACAAUGUCGUUGGAAAGGGGCCCAACUUUCAUAACCUUGGCACCGUGUUUAAUGUUUUACCGUCGCAAGAGAUGAAAGACCAAUUCGAAGAAUGGGCAAAAGAAUCCUACCCGCAAGUAUGGGAGGAAUUGAAGAAAAAGUACGCCAAAAAGCAAAACAGUGAAGGCCUCCCGGUAUUUAAGAUCCGCCCGCGGCCGUGGAAGGCAUGA